UCUCUCUCUCUCUGUGCUUGCCCUCCCUUCUUUAACGUGCCUUUCUCUCUCAUCAUUGUCGGAGUUUGCUUUUUCAGUUCACCUUUCUCUCUCAUCGUUGUUGGCAUUUCUUUGAAUGCAUGUAAAACUUUGCUAAUUAUGCAUGAGGAAAUUGCGUUUGUGAACAUGUUACAUGAAGGGGAAUUCUCAGAAUCCUCUUCGGUUCCUCAAAAUGCCCACAGAUAUCUUGGACUGCCCUCCUAUUCAAUUAGAAGCAACAUGGCAUCCAGAGGAGGCCCUUCAACUAGACAACGCCUACGUUGGACUCCUGACUUACAUGAUCGAUUUGUUGAGGCUAUCACUCAGCUCGGUGGGCCUGAGAGGGCUACACCUAAAGGUGUUUUGAAAAUAAUGGGAGUUCAGGGGCUCACAAUAUACCAUGUAAAAAGCCAUUUGCAGAAGUACCGGCUCGCAAAAUUCAUCCCAGAGUCAAUAGGUGGAGAAAAAAUUGAUAGAAACGACAAAGAAGUUGAUGCUGACCAGACUGCCUCAUCGAGACUUGACAUUGAUGAGGCCUUGCAGAUGCAAAUAGAAGUGCAAAAGCGGCUGAAUGAGCAAGCAGAGGUGCAAAGGCAUUUGCAACUACGUAUGGAAGCUCAGGCUCGAUACAUACAAAAGAUAUUGGAAGAGCAGCAGCAGAAUGAGAAACCCUCGUCUCCCACUACAGAAGGCAAGAGCUUAUGGGAGAAAGAUCAGGUACCAUUGUUCCCUCCACUAUCCAGUGAAGAGUUGAGUUUGCCAUGUGGAUCCCCAUCCAAAAGGACUUGAACAAUCAUGGAUUGCUGCACUAGUUGACACCAUCGAGUCCCCAUCCAGAAGGACUAGAACAAUCAUGGAUGGCUAUACUAGUUGACACCAUCGAGUCCCUCUCCUUGACUUAAGAAUUGAGACUAAGCAUCCAAUAUGCAAUGGGAGAUGGUCAGUCGAUUAAACUUUGAAACUGUCGGAGCACUGAUAUGAAUCUUUGAUUGGUUUCAUGAACGUUUCAAUACUAGAUAAAUUUUUUUUUUUUAUAUCAAAACCAAUUUCUCCAAAACCAAUUUCUCCUUUUCUC